AUGGGGAGUGAAGAAAACGGUUGUAGAAGCGUCUUAGGUGGUCGGGCGGAGAUAGACACGAGAGCACCGUUUGGAUCGGUGAAAGAAGCAGUAGCCUUGUUCGGAGAGAAAGUCUUAGCCGGAGAGAUCUAUGCAAGGCUUCGAGAGAUACGGACAAAAGAAACAAAUUCAACUCCGAAUCCUCAAUCGAGAUUACGAUCCCUAACACUCGAGCUUGAGCAGACAAAAGAAACUCUUACAAAAACCCUACAACUAAACACCAUCCUCUCCAAUCGAAUCAAAAUCCUAAGACAAGAACUCGAACAUGGGAGGGAAGAGAUUCAACGACUCAACAGGAUGACGUCGAGACGCCUAGACAAUCCGGAGAUCGAGGAGCUCAAGUUCGUGGAACAAGAUCAAACGAAGACGUCCAAAGACGUUGAAGAAGAGGUUGUAACGACGGAGGAGUUGGAGAAGAGAAGACUCGUGACGUUUGCUAGCUCGCCUUUACUGACACGUGUGAUGUCAACCGUCGAGGUCGACGAGAAGGAGAGGAAGAAGAAAGAGAAUGUUUUAGAGAGAGUUUUUUCGGUUAAGAAGACCAAAUCAAAGAAGGGUUUUGCUCCGUUCAUGGGUUGGUUUAGAGCAACCCGCGGAGGAGAUUGA